CGGGGUCAGUCUGGAAUGUCCGUUAACCGGCCAGUCAAGUUUCGAUCGCUCGGCAAGGAGCAUAUCACGAAGAAAUGUAUUCUUGCUUUGAUUGAACGCUGAGCAAGAUCAAGGAUACAGGAUGAAGGUCAUUUGCUUGACGCUACUGCUGAUCGUCGCUCUUAGUCGACAGUCGAGCUCGUUGUUGGAACCAAGGAACGACGAGGAUCUUAUCACAGGAAGGAUUCUUAGCAGCGAGAUUGAAGGAGUUUCGUCGCAGGAGGAUUUGGAGAAUCUGCGGACACUGUUGAGGCAAGCGUCAGGAUCGGGAAAUAACACGGUCACUGCGACCAGACAAGGACCUUGCCAGUGCACCGGUGGUGUUUGCGGGUGUUGCUCAAGGAUUUUGUACAAUGCGUGGAAGCAGAAGGCCUGUGUAAACGUCACAUAUGAUCCCGAGGAGUUCAGCUUCACCGCCAACAUUCUGAUGAACGAUAGAGUCCUUUAUACGAGGACAGUUUCUGGGAAGAAUCCUAGACCGAUAUGUGUUCCUAUUCCAAGGAUUCCAUUCAUCAGGGCAUGCGUUAGAUUCUAUAAUAUAUAUUUCCAAGGCAGAAAUAUUCAUUUGUGCGUGAAUAUGGAAGGGAAGUUUCAAGAUACCACAUUGUUCAAGAUUGGAUACGAUUGUAUUAGAUUUGGCGCGAACGGAUUAGCCCUUGUAAAGCCAGAAGACGGUGGUGGUUUGGGUCAAGUAGAACUUUUUCCGGAUGAUGAUAAUGACAACGACGAUUAUGAUGAUGGGGACGACGAUGACGACGACGACGACGAUGACGACGACGAUGAUGAUGACGAUUUGUUCUGAAAAUGUUCGAUUUUUUGAAAAUCGAUAUUAAUCGGUUGAAAAUGUUCUUUAAUUAAUUUAUUAAUAAUUUGAGUGCCAUGAAGAUGCAUACUUUAUUACUAUUAUUAUAUAAAUGUAUAUAUCUAUUUAUGUAAUAAUGAUAUAUUGUAUAUAUAGUAUAUAUAGUAUAUAUAUUAAUUAAUAAUAUUAAAAAAUAGAACAAUUAAUAAUGUAUCCUAUUCACACAUAUCUACAUCACCUAUCCUAUCAUCCUCUCUUUCACACAUACACAUAAUAUGAUAGUAUAUCAACAUAUAUUAUAUGAUAUAAUGUGAUAGUAGUAUUUCCACUUAUUUCACUUUGGGUAAAACUACAAUUGCCAACAUUUUACUAUAAAAAAUUCAAUAACUUUGAAACGGCGAAACGCCUAAAGCGGAUAAAAUUGUAGUGUUUUAAAAAAGUUUUAAAGGAAUCAAAAAACAUAUGUGGUAAAAAAUAGAGGUUACAUUUAAAAAAUUUGAACUGAGAUCUGGAUCUGACCUAUAUAUAUCCAUGUAAUAUUUACAUUAUUAUUGCGUUAUUAUUAUUAUCAUACAGCUUUUAACAUAUGUUUAUA